AUGAAUGAAGUUGCGCCAACAACUAAAUUUGUACCAAGAACAAAAGCUACAACUACAACAAUUGCGCCAACAACUAAACCGACGACUACAACUCCUAAACCAACGACAACAGCAACAACCAAGAUGACUACAACAACAAAAACGACAACUGCUUCUACAACCAAACCAACUACUACACCUAAACCGACGACUACACCCAAACCGACGACUACACCUAAACCGACAACUACACCCAAACCGACUACACCAACGACUAAAUCGACAUCAUCAACUAAAACUAACGACAACACACCAGGGAAUAAAUCUUGGUACCACAAUACAACGAUCCGGAUGGAAGACUAUGCAGGGAAACAGUCUAAGACCAUUGAAAACAAACGUUCCAUCGACACUCCAAGCACAAAAUGUGGGUCAACAAACUAUUAA